UAUAAAGACACAAUGAAAUAAAAACUGUUGUCAUAAUAUAGGCCUACUUGAUUUAAAAAAAAAGAUUUGGAAUUAAUAAUCGAUUAUGAAGAUCGAUUCUGCAAAAGCGAAAAAAUGUGUCAGUGAAGUGCCGGCAGACUGCAAGGCAUUGAUCGAUAAGCUUCUCAGCUCAGAUGAUGAAAAGUUAUGUGAAAUAUUAAAUGCUACUAGUUGGUGGACUGUGGGAAAAUGUGAACUCUAUCAUUGGGUUGAAGUACUGAACAGGUUUGAUAGCAUUUUGCAAUCUGCUUCUACUCAAACAUCUGGUUCAGUUUGGUCACUUGCAGCGAAUGCUGAUGAGAAUUUACAGAAGCUCACUCUUGCUGUUCUUCAUUUCACAUCACUUUUAAUCGAAUAUAGCUUCUCUCGUCAUCUUUAUAAUUCUAUGGAGCAUCUCGUAGCCCUUCUUUCAUCAUCAAGUCUCGACAUCAUAUUAUCCGUUCUCAAUCUUCUAUACGUCUUCAGCAAACGAUCUAAUUUUCUCUCUCGACUAUCUGACAAACAGAGAUUGCCGUUGUUAAAAAAGUUGGGCUACUUAGCUGAGAACUGGGGAGGAAAAGAAUAUGGUUUUGGUCUUGCAGAUGCUGCAUGUGACAUGCCUAAAACAUCUUACCCGAAGAAUUCGACAACUCUACACUAUGAGUUUUAUUCUGAGCAGACAGGAGAACAAUCUGAAACAAAUGAAAAUGCAAGAAGCAUGUUGUAUUGUAUUCAUAUUGAAAAUGUGGAUGAGCUUGAUUCGAAUCCUGCAGAGAUCAUGGAUUCAUUGUUGCAAAUGUAUCCUGUACCAGAAGAUAAAAGAAUGCUUCUUUACACACAUCUGAGACUUGCUUAUAGUUUUUCCAAAAGAAAUCUUCGAUUGAAAUGUGUUCAAGCAAGACUUCAUGCGAUAUCAGUGUUAGUGUAUAUGAAUAGCCUGCAAAGUGUGUCAAAUAAUUUGUCGAACAUUUUAUAUCCCGGAUUCAUUGAAGAGUUGGUCGAUAUUCUACAAGUAAACGAUGGCAAUAUUGUGGACAUAAAGGCUGCGGCUCUGAGGACAUUAACGUCUAUUGUUCAUCUUGAAUGUAGAGACAGGACACCGAGAGUUAGUACUGUUGUUGAUGCAACUGGUGUUGCGCAAUACCAUGGAUUUUUACCAGUAUUGGUUCGAAGAUGCAUUCAGAGCAUGACUGACAAGGAAGGGAAAUCUGAUCGGAGUGAGUUUGCACCCAACUUUACAACAGCGUUGUUUUCAUUUCUCUAUCAUUUAUCAAGUUAUGAGAGCGGGGGUGAGGCAUUAGUGCAGAGUGGAAUGAUGGGUCCAUUGCUGAAUGUUGUCAUCACUAUGGGAGACCAACAGGAACAAACAACAUUUGUCACUAGAGCGGUUCGGGUGAUAGACUUGAUAACGAACGUAGAAUGGCAAGCAUUUCAACGACUCGGAGGUUUGAGAAUUUUUAUUGAUAGAUUGGAACAUGAAGUCGGGUUGUGUGCAAAGGACACACCACCAGUCAGUACCCAAAAAGGUAUUCAGUGUCAACCACAGCGAGCUGCUUUGUUCAAAUCUAUUUUGAAUUUCCUGAAGAAAGCCAUGUCUUACCAUGUAUUUGGUGAUGAGGUUCGACACAUUAUGGAUGGAAGCCUACCUAAUUCACUAAAACAUAUUAUCAAUAAUGUUGAAUAUUAUGGGCCAUCAUUAUUCUUACUAGCAAUGGAAGUUGUCACUGUAUAUGUAUUUCAAGAACCAUCUUUAUUAUCUGUUCUGCAAGAUAAUGGAAUCACAGACUCGAUGCUGAAUGCUUUACUUGUUAAAGACCCACCAGCCACAAGAGAAGUCCUAGCAUCGUUGCCAAAUAUAUUCAGCGCCCUAUGUUUAAACGCAAGAGGACUGGAAGCAUUCGUGAAUCACAAACCCUUUGAUAGAUUGUUUAAAGUAAUGUUGAGCCCAAGUUACCUGCUUGCAAUGAGAAUUCGAAGGAGUUCAAGUCCUAUGGACCGAGACACAGCAUCAAACCUUGGUAAUGCUAUGGAUGAAUUGAUGAGACAUCAGCCUACAUUACGCACUGAUGCAAUGAAAGCAAUAAUACAAUUACUUCAUGAAUUAAUUGCUAUGGGAUCUGAUCCAAACACUGUGUGCACUAAAUUACCGUUGAAUAAACCUGAAACAAGUACAUCGACAACUUCAACAACAACACAAGAGAGUAUGGUUGUAGAAGGGGAAGAUACAGAAAGUGAAGAUGAAGAAGCUGCUGCAACACAGAAACCAGCUGCUUUAGCACAAACGUUUUCAUCAACAGAAAGCAAACAUCCUGUUCCACUCCUUGAUUACAUCCACAAUGUUAUGAAAUUCAUUCAAGCUAUUGUGAGUAACAAUGCAACUGAUGAUCACUGCCAGGAAUUUCAGAACCAUGGUGGAUUACCAGUGCUUUUCACCCUUCUCCAUCUUCCUGCACUUCCAAUGGAUUUCCCAUCAUCACCCUCAUGCCAAUCUGUUGCAAACCUCGUCAAAUCUAUAUUAACACUGUCAAAAAAGCCUCAAGUAUUUACUGAUGGUCUUACAGAUUUUAAAACAAUAUUAAACAGACUCGAAGCUGUUUAUAAACCAACACCAGUGCUAGAUGAUGAGAUAUGGAAGGUUUCCAAUGGAAGUGUUUUACUCUACGAACUAGCAUCUGCUCCAGCAGGAAGUGAACCGUCAGAUAUUCCUCUUGUACAAUCGUUAGUUCAUGCUCAUGCGUUUGUGGUUGUUUUGUUGCAAGUCUGUAGGACAGCACAGAAUGAUAUCAGGAGUUUGUUGAUCAGUCAUUGGGCAAGUGAAGAUGGUCUGGAUGUUUUGAGCAGACUGAAUCAAUUGUAUUGUAGUUUGAUAUGGGAAAGCACAAUGUUACUCAGUGUUUGUACACCUGGUACUGGCAUUGACGGAUCAGUUGAAAAAGAAACUGAGGAGAAAACAAAACUCUAUAAAAUUUUGUCAACAAAAUAUUCAAAAUCAACAAAACAAGGAAAAGAUGGAGAACAAAGUAAAUUGAAAGCAUCUGGUUCAUCUGAAGCAAUGGAGGAAGAUAGUAAAAAUCCCACAGCUUGGGCAGGAUGCAUGAAAGUCAUACGACCUGUGUUGGCAGUUUCAUCUAAACUGGGUCGAUGUCUUGCUGAAUUAUUUGGUCUGUUGGCCAAACUCUCCAUUGGUUUGCCAUUACGCCAAAGAUACAGGCAUAGUGCUACAAUGCAAUCUAGUCCAACUAAAGCAGCAUGCACUGUCGCUGAAAAACUGAGUGAAUUGCUGAACAUGGGAUUGGGAUGGACUUUACCUCCUAGCACUUCAAUCAAAUUCAGGAUCACAUUUUUGACGUGUACGAUUGGUUUUACGAUGGGUAUGCUGUUCGAUGAAAGAAAAUUAUCAUAUCAUCUCAUGCUGCAGUAUUUCCAAAAGUCAGGUGCUCUGGAAGCAUUCUUUGAGAGUUUCAAUUGGGCAUUGAUGGUUCAGGACAGUGAAAAUGUUGGUACAUCAGUAGCACCAGAACUACCAGGUAAUUUGGAUGCUUUAUGUGAAACAUGGUUGAUGGUUCUGGAACGCUUGGUAAAUGUUCGAAAUAUUAUGGAUACACCUCACCUGAUCGCAGAUAAAUUUUCACAUAAUAAAAAUCCAGCUCACACUCCUUUUGAUCCUGUUGCUUUUCUGCUAAAAACUCAUAAGGCUGCCUUGGAUACACUCAAAAAAUUGUGGUCAAGUGAUAAACUCCGCAAUCUUUCUGCCCGAACUUGCGAUUCGGUACUUGUGAUAUUAUGCUACCUCAUUCAUGGUGAAAAGUUGAUCAAAAGAAAAAUUCAGAAAAAGCAAACUACUACCACUGAACCAUUACCGCAAGAUCCUGGUGCUUCUUCUGUUUCUGUGAUUGGUGGAAGAUUCAUGGGUGGACCUGAUCCAGCACCACAAGAUCCGACUGAAAAUGUUAACUUUCAACUGCUUGUUGACAUGGGAUUUUCAAGAGCGAGUGUGAUCGAUGCAUUACUCCACACUCAAACAUUAGAAGCUGCAACAGAGUGGAUUCUUGGACAUCCACAACAAAGUGAAGAAGAUCAACUCAUGCAAGCCAUAACAAUGUCACUCGAAGCCACAAGACCAGAGGAGGAGGAGGCUAAAAAAGAGGUUGAAGUUAAAAAAGAAGAUGUGAAACCAGUUUCUGAAGAACAGCCUGGUUCAUCCAAGGACAAGGAAAAAGAAGGUUAUGAAAGUUAUCUCAGCGGUGAGGAAAUUGAUAAUUUUGUUGAAGAUCUAUUGGACGGAUGUCUACGCCUUCUUGAUAACUUUCCAGACAGUGUGUACAGAGUGUAUGAAGUAUAUGAAGCGAUCAUGAAAAGAAAUGGCCCAGAAUGGACAGGAGAGAAAAAAGUUUUUGAAAAUUUGUUACAAGAUAUUGCUAAAAGUUGUGACACAAUAUUAGAAGAAUGUUCGUCGUCAUCUCCCGUGGAUCUCCUUGAGAAAUUAUGUAGCCCAACGCAUAAAAAGUUAUCAUCACGAUGUCUUCUUUUAUCUUUGCUCUUUCAGGGAAGGCAAUUCUCUGACAUGUGUGCUGAAGCUUUACAUACAAGCAAUAUUAUUCCCAAACUCAUUCAAUUAUUGCAUCAUGGAUCAAGCUGUCUCGUUCUUGAAAACAAAAAAUCUCUGACCACACCAGAAUGGAUUGCAUCUGUCAUUCUACUGAUUGAUUUAUAUGAAAGAUCCUGUCUUCACAAACAUAGAGUUGAUGCUCUUGAUCAAUUCAAAUCCAUGAACAGAGUAUGGAAAUGGUUUGAUGAUAGGUCUGGGAGAUGGUGUAACUACAGCACAUCUAAUCAGAAAAUGCUCGAUGAUGCAUACAAAGAUGGCGUUAGCAAGAUUGUUUUCACUGCUGGAAGAAGAAGAUACAAUGUUAAUUUUCAGCAAAUGGUUCAAGUAAACGAAGAAUCGGGCAACAGACGUCCAAUAAUGAUUAUGUUUUCAAAACAGAAGCCACCAACAACAUCGGAUUCUACUGAAACAACAACCAAUACCACAGAAGAAACGUCUAUGGAGACUGACGUUGUUGCUGAAAAAAUCGAUGAAAAAUCUGAUAAUAAAGUUUCACCCUGGGAUGGAAUUUCUCAAGAACAAGCACAAUCAUUACUUCAUUCCUGCACUGCUUUGUUAAAAGUUCCUGUUCAUACUGAUACAUUACAUGCUAUUAUGCGACUUUUAUUGAGGUUGACAAGAAGUGACAAACCUGGCGGACAUGAACGAGCUGUACAAUUUGUCAAACUGGAAGGUCCGCAAGCGUUAUUGGGUCUGACGAAACGAAGUGAAUUUGCAGGUUUUGCUUCUCUUGCCACACUUAUAUUUUGUCAUAUAUUUGAAGAUGCGGAAACAUUACGUCACACUAUGGAAAAGACUGUCCGGUUCGCAGCGUUGAGGGGUGUUCCGAAUCAAUCGAGUGGGGUUUCUGCAACAACAAUUGGUAACAGAGAAAUGUACUACGUUUUACAAGCUCUAGCACCAAUGGCCUGUCGACACCCAAAAACGUUUGUUGACGUUUGCAAGAAAAAUUUUAGAAUAUGCUUGCCAGGCGCAAAGACUAGUCAUGUGGAAGAUGAAGAAACUAGAUUGAUGAACGGAAGCAUCGUACAAAUUCUUGAGUCUGCGAAAGAUUCUGAUCAACAUUCAAAAUGUAGAAUACCAUUGAGUAUGACAACCAAGAAAAUACUUCAACUCUUACUCAAUGGUUUGAUAAAAUCUAACGGUUCAAGAAUUCAAAACCAUGGUGAUGCUGCUGGUAAAGCACAUUCGAAGUCUGCAUCAUCAGUAAUGUCUGUGGCACAACAACUCAGACAGGUUGGUGAUGACAUGCAUCGUAGAUAUAGUGAGAGUGAAGCCGACAGAAGAGAAGAAGAACGAACUACUGCUAUGAGACAAGGUAGUAUUGCUCCUGUAACUACAAUGGAAGAAGGUCCAUCGAGGUCAUCACAAGAAAUGGAAGAAGUUUUUUAUCCUUCUGAUACUCCUGAAGCUACAGAUAUGGAGAAAGGUUCAGAUGAUGACAAAGAAAAACAAGAAGAUACUAAACAAAAACCCGAGGAAGAGACUCCAUUGUUUUCCAAAGCUGCUAUUCUUCGUUUACUCGCAGAACUUGUUAGCUCAUAUCCAGCAUGUGCUAGUUUUAUUGUUUAUCAUACAUAUCCUGCUGGUAUUUCUUCUUUAAUAAAACAGGAUUGUUCAUGUCUCUCAUUCAUACUACAUCAUCUUCUACCUUGUGUCUCGAAUAAAAAAGAUGAAUCUGGAGGAUCAACUAACAACAAUACUGCAAAGAACAAUCAGAAUGAUAAAGAUUGUUGUUCAUCAUUGGCAAAAAUCCUAUUGACCAGCAUUGUAUGUUGUAAUCCUAAAUCAUCAAUACAAAAUACUGUCAUCAGUGAAAUCAAAUCUUCAUUGCACAAGACAUUAGUGCUACCUGAAUCACAAGGGAAGCAUAAUGCAUUAAGAGCUUUACUAGGUUUGAUAAGUACAAUAAUGGAAUGUGCCACGAAAAUGAUGCAUGCAUCAGAUGGAGGACCUGUGCUAUUACCUACUGAUGAUCCAAUGAGUCUUGCCAGAAUCAUGAUAAGCAAAGGUCUAGGUGCUGAUCUUGCACAAAUCCCAAAUUAUAUCGAUCUUGGAUCUCCUAACAUGGCUGACUCUGUCAAUGCAGCUUUGAAACCGUUGGAGACAUUGUCAAGACUUGUUCAUCAUUCAUCUGCACCAAGCACACCUAAACCAUCAGGAGCUGUAGAUAAAUCAGAAGAUCAACAACAGCAACAGCAGCAAAGUUCUUCUCAACCACCUGAUGCAGAAUCAUUACAAAAUGCUGUCAUUUCUAUAAGAGUUGAUGGCGAUUCACAGACAAAUCGGGAAGAAGGAAUGGAUGAGAGUGUUAUUGAAUCAAAUAAUGAAGGUUUCGAAAUGGCUGGUGCAGAAGCUUCAUUCAAUUCAGUGGCAGAUGAAAACAAUGAAUCAAUGGAAGAUACUUUCCAUCUUGUUACAGAUUCGGAAGCAACACCACAAUUUUCUCAUGAUCUAAUUAUGAGUGAGAGUACCGAACAUGAUGAUGACGUUGUUGUUGACAUGAAUGUGGAAGGUGAUCAUCAUGUCAAUGAUGAUGACGAUGAUGAUGAUCAAGAUUCAAGCGGAAGUGAGGAUCGUACGGAGCAUAAUAAUGAUGAUCAAGAUCUUGAAGAUGAAGGAUCUGAGAUGGAUGAUUUGGAUGAAGAUGAUACAGAAGAAGAAGAUGACGAUGAUGAUGAUGAUUCUAACAUGAAUCGAUUAAAUUACGAAACAUUUGUUUACGAUUUGUUGAGCGAAACAACAGAUAAUAAUAUUCUUCUGCAACUUGAAGAUGUGUUGAGUGAUGGUUUUGCUGGAAGGAUGCCUCAACUUGCAGGAAAUGCAAGGACUUCACAACUUUUUGCUAUGCCUGUACCUAUAGGAGAUGAUAAUACAACUGCAGCUGCUAGUGGUUUUGCCUCGUCCUGGUUUAUUCCGACCACUCACCCAAUGUUGACAAGAGCAGGUGGAAGAACUACUUUGCCUGGUGGUACGUCUGCAUCAGCAACAUCCAAUGCACAAGCCAGAAACACUUAUCCCAAUAGUGUUACAGCUAAUCGUAAUGGACAAACUUUGCAGAUUGAAUUCACCAGCAAUUCUACUGAAGCCCCACAGAUAUUAACAAGGUUAUUGCUUGGUCCAACUGCUACUGCUGAUGUUCUUCAGUUGUCGAAUUCCUUAUACAAUGAAGGUGGGGGUCAUGCUCAAUUACUUGUUAAUUCAAGUAAUAUUCGUCUUUUGCCGCUAAGCAGAGAUAUUGCUGAUAGUGGAUUACAGAAUCACAUCAUGUCAAGUGGUCGCAAUGGUACUGGAUCUGGAUCAUUAAGUGUACCUACUGCUAUCACGAGAUGGACACAAACUUGCGAAGUUCUGGAGCCAGACAGUACGCAAUACUGCUUGCUAGGUUUACGACAAGAGAUCAUUGAUCAUCUUGAAGAACGAAGAAAUUCUGAUAUCGAGGAACGACGUGCAAAGAGAGCGCAAGAUAAAGAGAAAGAAGAAAAAGAAAAGGCUGCAAAAGAAGAGGCGAAGGAAAAAGAUGGAAAAAAUAAAGAAACAGAAAAUGCAGAAAAUAUUGACACACCGGCUUCUACUCCUGACGAAGAACGAGAGACGCAAAUGGACUCUGGAGAUGCCGGCAUAUCAACACCAACUAAUACACCUAUUGCUACUCGACCUGAAUCUCCUGUCAAUCAGCAACAAGUGACAACGUCUGUAGAAGUAGAUGCAAUUGAUGCAUUGCAACAAGCAAGUUCGUCUCUUCAGUCUGUUUCACUCGAAUCAAAUCAUGAUGACGAAGAACAUGAGACAACCGAAGUUCAAUUACAAGAUAGUGAUGCAGGUGAAGCAAUGCAACAAGAUGAUGAACAAAUAGUUGAAACCACACCUGAAGAGAAUGCAAACCAAGAAAAUCAACCUACAAUUGCAGAUGAUGAACCAUCAUUAAAUGUUAUAGUACAAGAACCAUCAGAACAAGAAAUAACUUCUGCAACUGAUACUGAACAACAAGCUGCAGCUGCAGGGGCAGAAGCACAAGCAUCUUCAGCGAACAACGCUGCCCAAUCGAGCAGUGAAUUCGAAGGAGUUGACCCAUCUUUCCUUGCUGCUUUGCCUGAUGAUAUUCGACAGGAAGUCAUAAGGGAGCAACUCAGUAGACAAAGUACAGGAAGAACAAGUACAUCUGAGAACCAAGCGAGUGGUGUUAGUCCUGAAUUUCUUGCUGCGUUACCUCCGUCUAUACAACAAGAAGUAUUGGCACAAGAACGAGCAGAACAAGCUAGAGCUGCACAACAACAAAGCACAGCCAAUGAUCCAGUGGACCCAACUGUCUUCAUACAAACAUUACCGAGCAGCCUACGACAAUCCGUCUUAGCUGAUAUGGAUGAUUCACUUGUUGCCGUUCUGCCAGCUGAUUUAGCUGCUGAAGCCCAGGAACUCAGAGCAACCAUGGAAAGACGUCAACAAAGAUAUUUUCCAGAUCCCAGAUUGUUUUCAAGAGCACACAGUAAUAUACUUCAACGCACAAACAUGCCGUCUCGAUUCCGUUAUUCUGGAAGCGGACCUGCGGCAUGGGGAACCAUGCCAGGUGGCAGAAACAAGAAUCAAAACGGUUCACAGAGUGUGAAAAUACAAGUUCGUCAGUUGCUUAAUCACGAUUCGCUAGCAUGUCUGCUCUUACUGUUAUUCGUUGAAGAACCUCGCUUGAAUAUGACAAGAUUACACAGGGUAUUACGAAAUCUCUGCUUUCACAUACCGACUCGAUACUGGUUAGUUAGUACUUUGAUAGCGAUUUUACAACACUCGCAAGAAAAGCAAGAGCAAGAGAAGGAAGAAGCUUUUACCACUGAAGAAUCAAUGGAUUACAAAACAACUCCAACCACAUUGGUUAAACAAAAACCGAAUUUGAAGCAACAGCACACGCCAGUUACGUUCGCCCCCGAUCAUCGAAACACUUCUUGGUUGUCAAUUAAGCUUGACGCAGCACUCGGCUCACGAGCCAGUAUUUUUAAAGUUGUUAAACCCAAUGUACCUUCUGACAGUGGUGGAGCAAGGAAAAAACGGAGCGAAAAGAGGAGCCAAUCAGGAUGCAGUGUUUAUAUCCAUCCUCAAGCUUCGCCUGUUAUUUGCAGACAGACGAUAGACACUCUUCUCAUGAUUGCGAAAUUUUUUCCACAACAUUUUGUUAAUGCUUCUCUUCAUCGUACUAAAUCUGAUAAUGUAUCUGACAAACAUCAGCCAAUUGAUACUGAUUUCUGGGAUGUUUUACUGAAAUUGGAUUUUCUCUCUCCCAGUUCAGAUUUGCCAAAGAAAAGUGUCGCUGAAGAUAAGCGUGUACAAGACUUGACCAGCAGUGACAUCGAAUUAACAUGUAUGGGUGAACUUUUACGAAUGCUUGCUCAUCCUGUUUUGAAACGAAGUCAACAGUUAACGGAUCGAUUAUUGAGACUUUUAGCCCAAAUAUCUCUUCAUCUCCCAACUCAAUCCAAAUCAAACAUCGGAGAUGCGGGUCCCGAAACAAAUAAAAAAGAUCCCGAGAAAGACAAAGAAGACUCUCAGAAUGAAGAAGCUACCACACCUGAGGGUAAGUCCAGCACUGCAACAAUGGGUGCCAGAGCAUGCACAAGUUACACAAGUACUGUAGGUCAAGCUACGAUGGAUACAAAAACAGCAACUACAAGUUCAACUCAAAGUCACGGUUCGAUAUCGUUUCCAUCAUUAUCUCAUGACAGCGUUGCUACAACACCACUCGAGAAAGAACUGGAACUUGCUGUUCAAAUUUUAACAAGCCAUGCAUGUUCUGAAGACGGACUCGAGGAUGCCACAACAUUGCUUUUCCAUUUGUCAAAAACUCAGCCUGUUUUAAGGCCAAUUAUCAUCAGAUUGCUUCUGCACGGUGCUCAAGAAAUUGGUCAAAAACUAUGUGAACAAGUGAUAACAUUGUCUGAAGAAAUGAAUCAGUAUAAUCAAGAACAUACAAUCAAUCAACAAACAUCUAGUGCUCUUGGUACUUCUAGUAGCCUACAACCUCCCCAACAACCACAAGCUGCAUCAGCCAUACAAUCUCAAACAGCUGGAGCUUCAACAUCAGCAGCAUCUAGUAGCAGGUACGAUCCCACUCAGCUUUUUACUUUAUCAGGAAAAGUAAAAUUAAAAAGAACUGGCAAGGAAUUGCAACUUCCCAUCAUGCAAGUACUAACAAGCAAAACGUCUAAUCAGGCUUUCUUUCUUCGAAUACUCAAAGUAAUUAUACAAUUACGAAAAAGUAAGAAAGAUGAGAAACAAGACGUUGAUCAACGUUCAAGGAUUUCUGGUCCACAAGGAAGAGGUUGGACAAGAAUGUCAGCUGCUACAUCAGCUAUUCGUAAUGCUUUUGUGCAAAUAUCUCAAGAGGAACAAGACGUCAGUAAUCAAGCAAUGUUAAAUCAGGCUAUUUCAUCUGAUAAUGCAACAAAUUCUGGUGCAACAACAUCAACAUCUGGUGCUGCAGCUAGUUCAGAGAAAAUUGAAAAAAAGACUGAAGAUGAAGAAGAUCCCAGAAGUCUGUGUGAACAAUUGCAGUUGGAAUCAUUGUGGGAUAAUCUUGGAAAAUGUUUGAAACAAUUGGAAGAAAGCAAUGAUCCACAUGCUGUGCUGGUACUCCAGCCGACUGUAGAAGCUUUUUUCCUGGUGCAUGCCUCCAAACAAAAUGCAACCAAAUCAGCAGAUGUGCAUAAGGAUGGUGAAUCACAAUUAUCACAUUUGGAUCUACAACCUCUUUCUCCAUCUCUAAGUUCAGAAGUAGCAACUUCACAACAAUCACAAAGUUCAGUAUCCAAUGAUGAUAAUUUGAGUAGCGAAACAAAGAAAUUCCUUGACUUUGCAGACACACAUCGCAGCAUUCUCAACCAGAUACUGCGUCAAUCCAAUGUGCCAUUGACAGAAGGUCCAUUCUCUGUUCUUGUAAAUCACACAAAAGUACUGGAUUUUGAUGUUAAAAGACAACAUUUCAGACAAGAACUUGAACGAUUGGAAGAGAAUUCAAUGUCUAGAAGAGAUGACAUUGCAAUAAGAGUUCGAAGACAACAUGUGUUUGAAGAUUCAUUCCGUGAAUUACACAGAAAAUCAAAAGAAGAAUUGAAAAGUCGUUUGUACAUUGUUUUCGAAGGAGAAGAAGGACAGGAUGCAGGUGGAUUACUCAGAGAAUGGUAUUUAAUCAUUUCAAAGGAAAUAUUCAAUCCUAUGUAUGCAUUGUUCCGUACAUCACCAGGUGACAGAGUCACGUACACUAUUAAUCCAGCAUCCUAUAUCAACUCUAAUCAUCUCUCCUAUUUCAAGUUUGUUGGUGGAAUUGUAGCAAAAGCAAUAUACGACAACAAGUUACUGGAUUGUUAUUUCACUCGGUCAUUUUAUAAACAUAUUCUCGGAAAACCAGUUCGUUAUCAAGAUAUGGAAAGUGAAGAUUAUGCAUUCUCACAAGGCCUUGUCUAUUUGCUUGAAAACGAUGUGUCAUCAUUUGGAAGUGAACUCAACUUCAGUGUAGAGAUUAUGGAGUUUGGAAAAACAGAAACAAGAGACUUAAAAGAAAAUGGUCGUGAUAUUCCAGUUGAAGAAUCUAAUAAAAAAGAAUAUGUCCAUCUGGUAUGUCAGGAAAAAAUGACCGGUGCAAUUCGACAACAACUGAGUGCAUUUUUGGAAGGAUUUUACGAAAUCAUACCGAAAAGGUUAAUUUCAAUAUUUGAUGAACAAGAAUUGGAAUUACUUAUUUCGGGUCUCCCAACUGUCGACAUCGAGGAUUUACGCAACAACACUGAAUAUCACAAAUACGAAACAAGCUCACUGCAAAUUCAAUGGUUCUGGAGAGCAUUGCGUUCGUUUGAUCAAGCAGAAAGAGCAAAAUUUUUGCAAUUUGUAACAGGAACAUCAAAAGUACCCCUGCAAGGUUUUGCUCAUCUAGAAGGAAUGACUGGUGCUCAGAAAUUCCAAAUUCACAGAGACAGUAGAUCUACAUCAAGACUACCUUCAGCUCAUACAUGUUUCAACCAAUUGGAUCUACCAGCGUAUGAAACCUAUGACAAACUUCGACAUAUGUUAUCGCUUGCCAUCAAUGAAUGUCAGGAAGGAUUUGGACUUGCUUGAUCACAGCGACAUUUUUUUGUCGUUUUAGGGCCAAUGCGCAAUAUAGCAUUUUCUCUUUGAUGCGUGAUUCAUCUUGUAAUGUUAUGCUAAAUUUUAUAGGUGCAUACUACAAUAUGAUUUAUAAAUAAUAGUACAGUUUUUGCCUGAAUCUAUUUUUGUUCCAUGUUUCUACUUAGUCCUAAAGUUUCCUUAAAUGUUCAGACAUAACUGUGAGUGAUUGAAAAUCUUUCUCUCUCAUUACCAUACGUCCAUUUUAAAAUUUUUUGAAGUUCAACUCAAAUGUUUCUGAUAGAAAGUAUGAAGAGCGAUUACUUUCUAUGACUUACAACUUGCCCACCCAAACCUUUUUUUGAUG